GUUUGAAGUACAUAUCAUCAGUAACAAGGACAUCCUUUUCAUGCUGACUGAAGUCAGAUUCAUUGCUAUUACCAAGGUCAUAAUCAAGCUGGAGUAAUGGCUUCCUCUGUGAACACGACAAGCCCAGACCAAACCCGGGCAAAACGGGGAAAUAAUAACGUGGACAAGAUGGAUGUUCCUGGUACCAGUGGUGUGAAUGUUGCCCCAACUGCACAGCUGGCAGACAGAAGAAAAUCACAAGAGUUGGAGAUCUGUAAGAUGAGGCUAGAGUAUCAAAAGGAUAAGAUUGAUGAGCUCACCAAAGAAAGAGACUAUCUAAAGGAGCAAUUAGCAGCAUCUCUCUCAAAGGAACCUACAAGUUCUGUCCAGGAUUCCAGUGAUGUAUUGAGCAUGUCUUCACUUUCCUCUGAUGGGUCUUUUGAUGAGAGUUCUGACUCCUCCAUCAGCACAACUUUAUCAGAUGAAGACAGGAAGAAGAGGAAGAAGAAGGCCAAAGCAAAAAAUCACAAGAAGUCAAAGAAACAUGACCAAAAACUCAGAACAAGAGUCCAGAAUCCUAAGCAAGUGGUCACCCAGCAUAACACGAUUUUGAGGCUGUCCAAAAGAGGAGCGACCAUAUCUGCUGGGAGUGGACCGGAACACGAUUGUGGCAACUGCUCCAAUUGCUGAGCUAUUCAUUGUUGCACCUGAGAGGUAUAAAGAAUUAGAAAAAAACAAGCAGGAACAGAAACUUUUAUUGUUUGCAACACAGUGUGCUGCAACAAUCAGUGCAGAUCCAGAAAUAGAGGAAAAAUUCAAAGCCUAUAAGUCUUCAGGGAAGUUGCUUCCUCUUAAAACAAAGAAAGAUUAGAUUUUUGUUUUUUUACAUGGUGAAAUGUGGUGAGAGUCCACCAUUGUUAACAGCAAAAAAAAAAAGAAAAAAAGAGACAAGUUAUAUAUUCCAGUUGAUUGGUCAAUUGUUUGUUUAAAAAAAAAAAAAAAAGUGACAGACUUGAUUUUUCGUUUGUAUGCUUUUUAUUAUUAUUUUACUUUUAGGUUCUGUAGUUUUAUUUUAAUGAUCACACAUGUGAUACACUUUAUGUAAAGAGCUACAGGUCAUAUAGUUUGCAUCCAGCCGUGUUCUUUAUUACUUCAAAUAUUGGCUGAUAGUUUAUGACACUGUUUUUAUUUUUGUAUCAACGUAUGUGUGUCAGAUCUGUAAGUGUUGUUCUUUGUGAUUGGCAUCUUAAAAAUAAAGUGUGUUCUGGA